AUGCUGCAAGCCGAAGUGAUGAUGGAAAAUGACAUUCCUCGAGAAGUCAUGUCUAGGCUCCUGAAAAUUCAUUGGGUCUGGAUCGCCCCCAUGUUCAUGUGGGUGUAUCGGCCAGCGUUCGUGCGAGACAUGAUGACCGGUGGCCAAUAUUAUUCUCCGUUGCUCUUGACGGUGAUGUGUGGACACGCUGCCCGUUUUCAUGAGGGCAAAUUGGGGGAAAUGCUGAUUGCCCGAGCACGGCUCCUAUUGGGGACCGAAAUACACCGCCCAAGCUCAAUAACUACCGUACAAGCACUACUACAGCUGAGUGCUCGAGACCUUGCUUACGGCCAUGUGUCCCAAGCAUGGACGUAUUCUGGCAUGGCUUUCAGAAUGGUCAGUGACCUUGGCCUACGUCACAGCAGUGGCUCCAUCCUGAGUCUGGGUCAUCUCAAUGCGGAAGACCUUGAAAUCCGGCGGAGACUUUUCUGGAGCUCCUACUUUUGGGACAAAGCGAUGAGUCUAUACUUGGGCAGGACCCCAGCUCUCAUCGAGCUUCCAUCAGUACAUGCCCCUGAACUCUUGGACGACUACGCCGAAUAUGCCCUAUGGUCGCCAGAGGACCCUGGCCCGAAUGCAGAAGAAGCUCCAAGCGCGUCCUAUCACCCGCUGAAAGCCUACACCAUUUCUUGCUUUGUGAAUUCGUGCAAACUAGCUGUAAUAAUCAGCGACAUUAUCGUACUUCUCUAUUCAAGAACCCCUGGCGACGAUGCAGACAGCACCCUCAGAGGAAUAAGAGAUCGAUUAGACGAAUGGAGAGCACUUUCGCCAGAUCAUCUCAAAUUACAGCCAGAUAACUUUCCCAACAUCUGCCCGCCGCCUCAUAUUAUUAGUCAAAAACAGGCGUCAGAUAGUGCGGAGAAGAUAUUGCUCUCUCUGGAGCAGGCUUAUGGCUUUUCCAAAGUAUCCUACCUCAUGGCGUACUGUAUAUAUACUUCAGCUUCAGUCAUGGUGCAAGAUGCAAAGGCUGGGGAUUCUCUCGCAAGUCGGAAAAAGGACACCUUCCUACGAGCUUUGAACACGGCGGCGAAAACUUGUCAACUGAUCCAGCGCAGUCUGGACAUCAUAAUGGACAGCCUCAACGCGGAAACUCCAAGUAUCACUCCAGCGAAACCACAUCCGGCGACGGAGAAUCUCUUGAACAGGCACUAUCUGCCUGCUUUUCCAUACCGGGAUACUCACAUGAACAUCAAUCCUAGUGCCACAGUCGAUGGUGUGGAUAUUAACGGCCCGUCGAUGUUAGACUGUUUCCCAGAGCAACACAUGGCAAGUUCCACUGGCGAUUGGUAUAUGCCAUCUUGA